AUGUAUUUUAUAUAGACGGAUUUCCUUAUAAUGUUCCAGGACUGUUUAGGAGCAUAACAGCUUCUGAAUUCAUAUUCUAAAUGAUUCUAGUUGCAUGUCUGUUCUGCAUCUGUGAAGUUAGUCAGCAAACUUUUCUGUUUGCAUGUCAUGAUCAAAUGAAUAAGGUGGGGUUGAACUGCACUGCAAGGUAUGAGAAUGCUGCCUGCCUUCACGAGCCUCAGACACUUUGCCACAAACACGAUGAGGAGAGCAGUGUCUGAGUUCAGAAUGACUGUCCCAUGGGGAGAGAUGAGAGGUCAGGUUUGGGGUCCUUCUAAUGGCCGUCCAGUGCUGUGCUUGCACGGCUGGGCUGACAACUGUGGGACGUUCAAUACCCUGAUUCCGUUGCUUCCUAAAGACUGGAGAUUCGUAGCCAUUGACUUUCCAGGUCACGGUCUCUCGUCUCAUAGGCCUGAUGGAUGCUUUUAUACCUUCCCUUUGUACGUGGCAGAUGUGCGCCGAGUUGUAGAAGCUCUUCAGUGGAAGCGAUUCUCUAUCAUUGGACAUAGUAUGGGUGGGAAUGUGGCAGGAAUAUUUAGUGCCUUGUACCCAGAGAUGGUUGAUGCCGUAGUUCUCCUGGAUACAUAUGGAUUCCUCCCAACACAAGUGACAGACAUGUUUAAGAACGUGAGGAAAGGGAUAAAUGAUCAAAUCCAGUAUGACAACAAGACGGAGGAGAGGAAAGAGAGGGUCUACACAUAUGAGAAAGUCAAAGAAAGGUUGAAGGCUGCAAACCCGUCCCUUUCCGAUCAGUCUGCAGACAUUCUGUUAGAGCGAGCAGUCAGAGAAGUUGAGGGAGGAUUUGUAUUCACCAGAGAUUUCAGGAUCAACCUGAAAAACAUUGUGAAUAAUAAUAUGGAACAAUGCCUCCACAUGAUGUCACUAGUUAAAGCCCCAGUGAUGAUACUGCUGGCAAAAGAUGGCCUGUUCAAAACCUUUAUUCUACCUGAUGGUUAUGUUGAUAUGAUUCUGAAGAGCUGGACUGAUCAAAAAGCCACCAUUGUUGAUGUAGAAGGGGAUCAUCAUAUUCACCUCAACAAACCUGAGUCCGUGGCCUCCAUAAUCACUGAUUUUCUUCAGUCACACAGUCCUGACAAAACAGAGAGUGAAUCUAACAAUAACCAGUCUUCCAAAUUAUAGCACACACAUGCUGAUUCAAAAAAUGAAGUAGUCUGUACUGAUUCAAGAUACUCAUAUCAUUCACCAGUUCUUGAUAAUGUGAUACUUUAAGCAUCACAAACCAAUUU